CACAUGUUGAUGGGGCUGCUGUGAGAAAUGUCAGAAAUAUAGAAACAGACUAUGUUAAUACCUACCAAAGUGUACAGAAACUUGCCAUGCAGUAGCCUAGUCUUAGCCUGGUUGCCAGUCUGUUAGCUAACAUUCCACUCCUUGUACUCCAUGUCAUGUGCCAAAGGAAACAGACUGGCAACCUGGCUAGUCUAGCCUAUUAAAUUGCAAUGGUUCAUAACCGCUUCAUGAAAAGUGGGCAAUUCAACUGAUGAGUAGAUAUUCUUAUAUAGUCAUCCUAUCGAAGAUGAGAAUGACAGAAGAGGUGGCAAAUCUAACUCUCACCACGUCGACAUCUUUCCGAAGGCUGAAUCUCGAGAGUCGAUUUCUUAAGGACUCAACUUGCCACAGUCUUACCAUUUCCAUACUCUAAAUGGACAUUUGGGCAUAGGAGGACCGCUGAUUUAAGGACUACUGCUCUCUGAUCAUCCGCGGUUUAUCGGAUUCAGCAGUGAGAUUUCGUGUUUCGUUUGUUUGUUCUGUCUCCAUCUCAACGCCUUCGAUUGGAACACCCCCAACGCCAAUCAUUUUAAUGCCUACUAAUCUUAAUUUGAUCUGCGAGCGCAAGAAAAUAGGCUACAAAGCCAGGCUACAACGCGCAGUACACGACAAUCAAAAAAAAUUGAGCGACUACCCCGCAGAAGAAUCUGACCGAGUGUCAGCAAUACGGGCUACAGUAGCUGGCUGCCUGGAUUUACCAACUGCAGCUACAAGCGCCCGUGCCCAUAUUACCAGUUGAGCCAAGACUUGUAGGGGAAAAAAAUAACAGAUUCAAAUCCUUGACUGUUAUUUCUCAAAGAAGCUCCGAAGACUGGAAAUCUGACCCCUUUUAAUGGUGAAUAACAGCUUCGUGAUAUGGAGCUGUCGUGUUUUCCCCACAUGACCGUUACACUUGCUGUCCUUAUAUGCGUUAUCGGUGUAGGGACGGUAUUUUGAAGAUACCAGGCAGUCACAAUAGCCUACAACCUAUGAAACUUCAUCCAAGUGGACGCUGAUGGUGCACGACUGCCUUAUAAAAACACAGUGUGUCGACUCUUUUGAUGUAGGUUAUUUUGAGAUUAUCAUAAGCAGCUUUGAAGACGUUUAGAUUUUUUUGGCGUUACAUAUGCAACGUGAAAAUAACUAAAGGACAACAGCGAUUUAAACGUGCUAGCUUGUGUGGACUCCACACUAUUUAUUUUGAGGUAUUAGGAUUUUUAUUGAGUUUUAUUUCGUUGUGAUUUUUGUAGACAUUAUCAACUCAUCUUUUACUUCUUCAAUCCUUUCCAUAGUUCGUAUGACAUAGUUCUUCAUGUAACGGUUUUGUGGACUGGUCACUUUGCUGGAAGGAAAGAGGUCAUCAUCACUGUUUUGGUUUACACUGAAGCAGUGGCAAGAAGCUAAUCAGUAUCACCCGAGGCUGCCGCGCGACCAUUCGGUGUUUCAUGUGUCAGCCUCACUGAUGGUCGGAAUAGAGCUCUCACGAGCCAUCAACAACUCAGAUGCGACCCGGUACAUUUCAAAUAUCUGCAAAGGCUGUUGAUGGAGAGGAUUUCGAAUGACAGCCGGGACAGUGGUCAUCACAGGCGGUAUUUUAGCUACAGUUAUCUUACUGUGCAUCAUCGCAGUACUGUGUUACUGUAGGCUGCAGUAUUAUUGCUGUAAGAAGGAGGAGUCUGAGUCGGAGGAGGAGGAGCCCGACUUCGCGGUGACGUCCCGCCUCCCGCCUGUACACGCCAACCACAACAUCGUGGCGGCGUCGGCCGCCGCCUCCAACCCCAACGGCCCCGCCCUCUUCACCCCGCCGUUGGCGCGUAAACUGACGCGCUCGCAGACAUUCUGCCCGUCGUGCACGCACCAUGAGCUGCCCUUCUACCUGCAGCACCCAGACGGACUGCGGAACGGCGGCGACCGCGUCAGCUACCGCAGUGUCCAGCAACACGACCUGGACCUGCCCUUAGAAAUCCCCAGCUACCACAAACUCAACCUGACCCGGUCGGUCACUAUGAGGGACAUGUUCAACCGCAGCUGCAGCAUCAGCACUGACGUUUAGUGGCAUCAGCGCCACCUGGUGGCAUUGAGGACUCAUGGAAAUGGAUGGAUAAUACAAUUGGGACAGAUAGUGGGACUGUGAUUCUCCCAUGAACCUCGGUCUUACCCUCAGUUAUAACCACACAUUAACUGGCGAAAAGAUACAUCUGCGAGUUUGUCCUCUCCUCAUUCUGCUUGGUCUGUGGGUACAGUAGGAUGUUGACCCUGAAAUACCAUAGAGUUUCUACACUGUCUGGACUCAUACUGUUGGAUUACCCUAAACCACCUUCUGGUUUAAGUCCACCAAAUCAACCCAAGCUUUAAAUAACAAAAAACGGACUUUGCGUAGUUGCUGCUAAAGAAACCAAGAAGCCAUGGUGAUAAGGAAGAGGGUUAUGGAGGCUAGUCGCACUACUGUGUCUCUCCACCAAUCCCCAGCCUGAUCACCAGAAGGGGGCCGGAGCAGAUCAUAUCGCAUCAUGGUUUGGAAAUGGAGGAAGAGAGAGGGGAGAGCAUGUCAAAGACCAUUAAAACGUAGGAGAUAAAAGGCUUGGGUUGGAGAAUAGGGGGUGGAGUCCUCAGCUCUGUUUUCUACAUGCAGGGGGGGGGGAGAGCAUGUCAAAGACCAUUAAAACGUAGGAGAUAAAAGGCUUGGGUUGGAGAGUAGGGGGUGGAGUCCUCAGCUCUGUUUUCUACAUGCAGGGGGGGGGAGAGCAUGUCAAAGACCAUUAAAACGUAGGAGAUAAAAGGCUUGGGUUGGAGAGUAGGGGGUGGAGUCCUCAGCUCUGUUUUCUACAUGCAGGGGGGGGGGGAGAGCAUGUCAAAGACCAUUAAAACGUAGGAGAUAAAAGGCUUGGGUUGGAGAGUAGGGGGUGGAGUCCUCAGCUCUGUUUUCUACAUGCAGGGGGGGGGAGAGCAUGUCAAAGACCAUUAAAACGUAGGAGAUAAAAGGCUUGGGUUGGAGAGUAGGGGGUGGAGUCCUCAGCUCUGUUUUCUACAUGCAGGGGGGGGGGGGGAGAGCAUGUCAAAGACCAUUAAAACGUAGGAGAUAAAAGGCUUGGGUUGGAGAGUAGGGGGUGGAGUCCUCAGCUCUGUUUUCUACAUGCAGGGGGGGGAGAGCAUGUCAAAGACCAUUAAAACGUAGGAGAUAAAAGGCUUGGGUUGGAGAGUAGGGGGUGGAGUCCUCAGCUCUGUUUUCUACAUGCAGGGGGGGGGAGAGCAUGUCAAAGACCAUUAAAACGUAGGAGAUAAAAGGCUUGGGUUGGAGAGUAGGGGGUGGAGUCCUCAGCUCUGUUUUCUACAUGCAGAGAGAGAGAGCCGGGUUGCUACGAGAGCAUUAGAGACAUGCUGCUUCUCAUGGAUGACCAAGCAGUGGUAAAUGCUUGGUCUUUUCUUGUACAUAAAGCAGGAGAUUGGGAUUCUGUUCUUAAUCUCAAUGUGGAUCAAGUUAGGAUGAGAGGUGUGUGUUUUGCAUACCAAGGAAGUGAUAUCUGGAAAUAAUCCUAGCCAGCGCUGUACACAACACGUUAUCAUACUUUUUCAGACUCUAAUUGGGUUGCAAUAACAUUAAAAGGACACUAAAGGGGGGCGUUUAAGUUAUUUAUUAAUGUGAUUUACCAAACAGAAUGUGUCCGGGGUUGGCUUAACCCGUUGGGAUAAAAAAAAAAAGCUAAAUGGAUUUUUGAAAAUAGUUGUCCUUUCUUCAAAGAUUUACUUCAGUCGUUGUCAUUACUGAAUAUUGUGAAACAGCAUCCAUACUAUUUAUGUCUGAGUGCUGAGAAACCAUACAGACAAGAAAAAAUAUAUAUUUUAUACACUUUACUAUGUCAUUUAUGGUUGUCUUGUUCACUGGAGUUUCAAAUCGUAGUAUUUUCACCGGAUUCCUUGUGUUGUCUAAAAUCUGAGAUCCAUAGGCUAAUAAAUCUAAACAACAUUUUGUGGUUUAUCUUCAUUCGAUUGGAUUUGGUUUAGCUCCCUCUCCAAUCGUCUUGUUGGACUAGGAGGAUGAACUCUGCACUCGAUUUAGAGGCCUGGGAGAGUAUGACCGUUCUCUCUGAGCUCUGCAAGCAGGACUGAAGGAAGCGCUGUGCUGUGUGCGCAGUAUAGUCAGGAUGGGGAUGGAGAGACUGCGGUUGUGUUUUUAUGCCCACGGGCCACUCUUUCUAUCAGAUUAUUUACUGCAGAGAUUAAAUCAGAGUGAAUGUGGGGUGGGGGCUGGAAUCUGAUUGGCUCCCUCAUGUUAUUGUCCUCUCACUCUAUCUGUACAUUCAGUGGUAGUGGAUGUUUUGCCUCUUUUUGUCUUCUUCCUUUUACCACCACCAGUUGACUAGCAAACACGGUUGUUGUUUUGUUUGUUUGUCCCAGCAAAUUAAACAAUUUGUCCAAACGGUAUGGGCCUUUUUAUUUAGUUGAUCUAUUGUUGCAUCAUGUGUAUUCCUGCAAACAAACACACAGGCACGCAUACAGUGCAUUGGGAAAGUAUUCCGACCCCUUCACUUUUCACAUAUUUUGUUACGUUACAGCCUUAUUCUAAAAGGGAUUCAAUAUUCUUUUUUUACCCAAAACACCCAUAAUGAUGAAGCGAGACAUUUUUGCAAAUAUAUCAUUUUCUUUUGAACAGAAAACCUUACAUAAGUAUUCAGAUCCUUUGCUAUGAGACUCCAAAUAGAGCUCAGGUGCUUCCUGUUUCUAUUGAUCAUCCUUGAGAUGCUUCCUGUUUCUAUUGAUCAUCCUUGAGAUGUUUCUACAACUUGAUUGGAGUCCACCUGUGGUAAAUUCAAUUGAUUGGAAAGGCACACACCUGUCUAUAUAAGGUCCCACAGUUGACAUUGCAUGUCAGAGCAAAAACCAAGCCAUGAGGUCAAAAGAAUUGUCUGUAGAGCUCCGGGGACAGGAUUGUGUCGAAGCACAGAUCUGGGGAAGGGUACCAAAAGAUGGCUGCAGCAUUGAAGGUCCCCAAGAACACAGUGGCCUCCAUCAUUCUUAAAUGGAAGAAGUUUGGAACCACAAAGACUCUUCCUGGAGCUGGCCCCCAGGCCAAACUGAGAAAUCGGUAGAGAAGGGCCUUGGUCGGGGAGGUGGCCUAGAACCCGAUGGUCACGCUGACAGAGCUCCAGCGUCACGUCUGGAGGAAACCUGGCACCAUCCCUACGGUGAAAAAGGGUGGUGGCUGGAGAAUGUUUUUCAGCUGCAGGGACUCGUCAGGCUCGAGGGAAAGAUGAACAGAGCAAAGUGCAGAGAGAUCCUUUAUGAAAACCUUCUCAAGAGCUCUGAAUGUCCUUGAGUGGCCCGGCCACAGCCCAGACUUGAUCCCGAUCUAACAUCUCUGGAGAGAAUUGAAAAUAGCUGUGCAGCGGCGCUCCCCAUCCAAGAGGAUCUGCAGAGAAGAAUGGAAAAAACGCCAAGCUUGUAGCGUCAUACCUCAAAUUACUUGAAGCUGUCAUCGCUGCCAAAGGUGCUUUAACAAUCUAGUAGGUAAAGGGUCUGAAUACUUAUGUAAAUGUGAUGUUUCAGUUUUUGUUUGUAAUAAAUUUGCUAACAUUUCUAAAAACCUGUUUUUGUCAUUAUGUGGAGUGUAGAUUGAUGAGGGGGAAAAAAACAAUUUAAUCCAUUUUAGAAUAAGGCUGUAAUGUAACGAAGUUUGGAAAAAGUCAAGGGGUCUGAAUAUUUUCUGAAUGCACUGUACAUGCAUAAAUGUAUGCAUCCAUAUUAUCUUUCAACAUUUUCUUUUCCUUUUAAAAACUGAGCCCCACAGGAAAUGUAGUGUCAUAAGGAAUUGUAUGAGAGACAGAUAUUAAAGAUGGAAUCAGCGCCACUGUCCGGCCCUCCACCACUGUUAUUGUUUUUGUUGCAGAGUUGAGGAGCUUCGCACAGCAUGCUAAGAAAAUUGCAGUACAUAUUGUGCUCUUCUAUCACACGUGCAAUGAUAUCCAGGGGGAGGAAACUGUCUGUUGUUUACAGUAACUUAUUUGUUGUUGUAAUAUCGCAAAAGGACGUGGUUGUUUCACCAUUAAGGAUUCCAGGUACAUGAUUAUAUUACAUUUAUUUAAACUUAUUAUUAUUAUUUUUACAGUAUUGGUGUUCUUUGCUGAACUACAGUAUUGCUUUUUUUCAGUAUUUGCAUUUUAUGAUACACUUUUGUUGUUUCCAGCUCUCUAUGGUAAAACAUGUUUCUGUCAUUGUUUCAACUGUAUGACUAAAGAACACAUGGUUACUAAUAAAAGUUUGUGAAAAUCUC